UAUGCCGAAUGGAGGUGGCCAAUCGCCUAAAUGACAGGCGCUCAGCUGGCCGUGAAGCCUCGCCCAGUACAUACUGCCUAGCAAACCCCGGAAACGUUCUCGCUUAAAGGAGCAGAGGAGGAAUUUCAGGCAAAGGUUGAAGCAACGAAAACAGUUCUGAGCACAAAAAAGACAGGCACAAAGAGGAAGGGACGUAGUCAGCCAGCAAGAACGCAAGAUAUGUUGCAACACAGACUGGGAGGACAGGGCUGAAACUGUCCGAUUAUCUUACUCCUUAGACAGUUAGGCUAACUAACGGCUUGUGGCUUCGAAGUCGAUUUUCGCCCCAUAACGGUGGUUACCUGGAAUCGGACAGCGUAGCACAGAGAUAACAAAAGGCCAAACUCCCAGACGAUAGGAACGCUUCAGUUCAGACUACCACACUGUUUUCCCUUCCGAGUCCACCUCGUUUUUGUUCGCACCAUCUAGAGUGGAGGAAGAAAGCAAAGAGAGAGAGAGAGAGAGAGAGAGAGAGAGAAGGCAGUCUGACCCAGUGGAACAAGAAACAGAGGAGGAGAGAAAGAAAAGUGAGUCACAAAUCCAGUCACCAGACGAAAUAAAGGAAGGAAAAACAGAGACAGAGAGCGAGGCAGCAAGAUAAACUACAUCUUUCUUAGAGGGGAUUUGGGGAGACAUGAUUCUUUCAUGAUGCCAUAUCUGUGCCACACCCCACACCUAGGUAACCAAAGAGGGCCUGUCUGGCGAUCUGCAAAUCACAGAGGGAGCUCUAAUACACAUUGUGUUUCAGAGACAGUUACUCUCAAGAGCCUCCUGCAUUAUUGACACUCCUCCCCCAGUUUUAGUUCCCCUGCACACCUCCAUCACUCCUGCUUCCUCUGGAGUUCUUGCUGUGUCCUGAUUACCUACCUUGGGAUGUUGGCAUCAUUUUGUGGUAGCUGCCAUGGAGAUAGACAGGUUGAUUUAGUAGGCCAGUUUAGACACAACUUCCAGAUGUCGUUCCAGAUGCAGCUUGUCCACACGGGCAGUAUUAAACAAGGGCGGGCACAGAGGUGCUGUGUGGCUCAGGUUCCUGUUUUCCACUGUUUGACAACAUCACAGCAGGAACUAUAGGACUUCCUAUUUCUGUGGAACAUCUUGGUUUGGCUCCUGGUACUUGUGAGGACCUUCUUGGCCCUGUUACACAAAACAAGACUCUGAUCCUCCAGCAUAGAAAUCAUGCGGCACAUUCAUGUGGAGUUAGCCCACAAAAAGGCUCCAUUAGAGCUUCCAGCCCAGGAGGGGGAUCUGCCUCCACCUACAGCAACAACACAGGGCCUCGACCCUGGGGUCAGACCAGGAGCACCUAGGCACUUUGGCCAGGAGGAGUUGCGGCUCCAAAAGGUUUACCAGCUCUCCAUUUUCUCCCAGUUGGGGGAAUUUUCUACCUCCACAGAAUCCCACACUGAUGCCCAACAGAGGCCUGUCCGGUUGGGUGUGAAAAGGGGGCUAGAGGAGCCCCAGUUAAUUCAUAAGCGACCUCACCUGGGAGACUCUUCAAACCGGGAGGCACUGGAGGGAGGGAUGCUGUGUGGGCCAGCUCCAGCUCAGAGUGCUGGGAUGGGGUUAGCAGUGGGCCCUGGUGGGCCCGGUUCUGUAUAUUCUUGCACACAGAUGGAGCACAAAGACUCGGAGGGAGGUCUGUCACCUAGGUCUCCACCCCUCUCCCCAAGCCACAACCCCUCUCGGCGACCACCUCAACACAAUCAUGAUAGGCCCGUUCCUGAUGUUUUUGCUCCACUCUCACCUAAAUCACCCCCAAUGUGUGACCCACAUGGGCAUCUCUGUGAUCAGGGCCAUUCCCUUGUAAGCUCAGCCAGGACUGAGCCUCCUAGUGGGGGCCGCACACCCAUCUACUCACUAGGCAGCCCUGGAAAUGAGAGCUGUAGUAAUGGGUCAUCUGGUGGACAGCCCAGCCCCCAGUUAUAUGAACUGUCCACAUAUGAGACUCCAAACCCUGCCAGUCCCACCAGCCCUCCAGGGCCUUUCUCACCCCCACACCACACAGAACUGCAGGAACCAGGGGAGGCCACCGAAUGGGAAGUUGGACUUGAAUCCUCCCCACCUGAGCGAAGUGCCACCCAGGCUGCUUCAUCCUCCUCUAAUGGCCUGCAUUCCUGGGAGAAAACCCCCAGCUCUAAUGGCCAUCGUCUGUCCUCUGGGGGCCACUGGCCAGCCAAAAAGAAGCUGCUGUCCCCAAGUGACACAGGGGAGUCGUGUUCAGAAGAUGAGGGACCCUCCACCUCCAAGAGAAGCAGGCUGUCACUGCUCGCUCCAGGACUCGGUCCAGCCUCAUGUCGCAGCACUGAUUCUAAAGCUGCCCCUUACUGGAACCACCUGCUGCCCUCUGCAUGGGACCAGCCUAAGACUGCCACAGACUGCAUAAGAUCAGGGAGACGACUAAAAUGUGGGCUGCGUCGGCAACUGCGCAGCGGCAAACACACCACCACCACCGGCCGCUCUACGCGCUCCAGCUGGCCUUCAUCUUCCAUCAGCAGAUCACUACUAGGCAACUUUGAGGAAUCCAUACUCAAGGGACGAUUCUCCCCAUCUGGCCGGAUUGAAGGCUUCACUGCGGAGAUUGGUGCCAGUGGCUCCUAUUGCCCGCAACACGUCACCCUGCCUGUGCAGGUUACGUACUAUGACAUCUCAGAGCACAGCGCACCCUCACCGUUCCUGGGGGUGGUAUCCCUCGAGCCUCUUGGAAAGAAAGGAUACAGCAUACCCAAAGCAGGGACCAUUCAAGUGACCUUAUUUAAUCCCAACAAAACUGUGGUGAAGAUGUUUUUGGUGACCUACAACUUUGGCGACAUGCCCGUCAAUCACAUGACCUUCCUGCGCCACCGUAUCUUCUUGGUGCCUGUGGAGGAGGGGGUUGACGGGAAAGGCGAGACGUCUCCAGGGGCUGGAGUGCUAGACAGGAAGAAGAUUCUCUGCUACCUAAUACAUCUCAGAUUCCAGAGCUCCAAAUCUGGGAAGAUCUACUUGCACAACGAUAUUCGGCUGCUAUUCUCCCGCAAAUCUAUCGAAGUGGACACAGGGAUCCCUUAUGAGCUGAAAUCUUUCACCGAGGUGCCAAGAAACCCUAAAUACUCUCCUCGCGUGUGACCCCAGCUUUCCCCUUUGACCUUCCCCAGCAGCAACACAGCUCCUCCUGUGAUUCCUGAAGAGGAAGGAGGGAAACAGAGACUGCUAAGAAUGGUGGACACAAAGCUUGAUAAGUCUUGACACACAUGAGCAUGUGAGGCAGUGUUGGUCAUUGGAAAAGUCCCCCUUUUCAUGUGUUUAUUUUUUAUUGAAAAGUCAGAUAUGGAUAGAAAAAUGUCACUCACCCAAACAUGGCAUUCCGUGCAUCUUCCAUUCACUGAAGUUAUAAAAAAAAAAACUCAAGUAUUUGUGUAGGAGCAGUGUAUCAGGCAUGCAGUUGAAAGCAGGACUUUUUCCAACACCUGCAUCUGUGUAAAGACAGAAAUGCACACACACCAAAAACAGCACAUACGACACAAUCUUCCAGCCAAAUCACUUCUGGUGGCGGCUCUCUCAGUUCAGUGUUAACAUGCAUGCCUUGUGACUUAAACACCUGGAAGUUCCUCUAGUGCCAUAUCACACUGUCCUUCACUCUGCCUGCAGAUACAGCAACCUCACUGGACCACUAAUUUCCACAGCCUUGGAACUGACAAAAAAGCAACAAAACCAUAAGCACUUCAUGGAGAAUAAGAUGAUUAUUCCACCCUUCACACUCACAAACCUUCUGACCAGAGGAAAGUAUGAGCAGAGACACAAACACUUUGAUUGGAUAUCUUAUCAUUAACACUUAAAAAAAAA